AUGAUGCUAUGAGAAACUAAAAUUGCUGCCCACAAUGGGGGACCAGCAGAUUGUUAUGGAUACGGACUGUUUUGACCCGAUCUUUUAAAACCUAAUUCGUGAAUCUGUUAAUUGUUAAUUCUUCACGACACUGAAAUACAUUUCUUAUUUUAUCUAUUUUUCUUGGUUGUCUGUCGACCUGUCACCAUUCGGUUUGAUUUUUUGUUGGUUUUCUCUACCCCCUUAAUCAAGUUGAAUGGAAAAUAAUUUUUCGGAAUUCUUAUAGUUUAGUCUUUGUAAUAAUUCCGGAAUGAUUUGAUUGAAAUAUGUUUACAAGUUCAUGGGAGGGGAAGAAAAGAGAUGAAGAUUAAUUUACAAUAAGGAUUUUAGUUUUCCCAUAUGAAUAGAAUUUUGUUUUGGAUCUGGGAAAGUUAGCCCCAUUCGUGACGUUUAGCCAUAGGGCCAUAGUAAAUUGUUUUAUGUAUAUCCCCCCCCCCUCUAGACUAUAAGGUUAGGCGUAGUCCCAUUCCACUCCGUGUGCAUUAUAAUUGUUUACAUUAUUUUCCAAAACUUGACGUAGCAGAAGAGUAGUAAAUUAAUUACUGUUACUGAAAUAAGAAACCUAAAUCUGAACCUGUAUGAUAAAUCAAAUACUUUGAAUACGUGAAGAAAGGGGAAAUUUUAUAGGUGUUGACACUUGAAGGGUUUUUUUCUAUUUUUAUUUUCUUAAAGAGGAAUUCUGUUUUCUUCUAGAAGCCUUAAUUUCAUAUUCAUUUAUUAUUAUCUCAUCAAAUCAAAAGUAUAUACCUUUUUUUUUUUUUUUUUUUGUAUUCCUUCUAGAAAACCCACAAAAGUUCACAUGCUUUAGUCAUCAACCCAACUUUCAACACAUGCAUCUUCUUUUCUUUUAUCUUUCAAACUAAUUAUUUUUUAGAAAAAGAAAGGAAAGAAUUCAGCUUCGAGUAAGCCGACCCGGUAAAGUUUCAGAACCAAAUUGCUCAGUUCCAAACAAGGCUGACAACGUUUCAGUCCCAUUUCUUAUAUGUAUAUAUAUAUUUAUACAGUUGAAGAGUUCGUGCUGAAAAAGCUAACAAGUCUUCCGACAGUGUGAUCUGAACGAUUCAGUAAGAUUUUUAUUCUUUUCUUGUUUGUUUUGAAAGGAAGAGAAAGAGAGAACAGCAGAUGGACUUGAAGAUGAAUGUUGUAGAUGUGUCUUCCUUCUUUCUCUUUGAGGGCACCGGCGAUUCAGAGAUCGAUUUUGAUCAUCAUCCUACCAUGGCUUCUACCGAGACCCGUGAUCAUGCCGAUGAUGAUGCAGAGUCGUGUAGCUAUACCCACGUGAGCUUCUCUGAUUCCGGGAGUAUAGUGACUGAAUUCAGUGAUUGUACCUUUAAAGGUUUUUUUGAUGAAAAAGAUGUUGGUAACUAUCGGGAGGAGAAAGACGAAGAAGUGGAGGAUCAAGAGGAGGUUAAUAGUUAUCAAACAGUGGAUUCAUCGAGGAAGAAAACAAGUGUGAACGUGAUUGAUUCGGUUAAAAAACUGAUGAAUGAGAAAGAAAGGAGUAAGCUGUUUUGGGAGGCUUGUUUGGCUUCUUAAAUCUUCAGCUGGUUUCUGGGUAACCCUGCAUCUUCUUCUUCUGUUUGGAUUCUGUUUUUCAUUAGGGUUUUCUCAGAUAGAUUCCACAGUUCAAUUGUACAAAUUAACGAAUAUCUAUCUACCUCCUCUUCGUUCUCGUUUCAUUUUUUUACCUUUUUUUUUUUUUUCCUUCCCUUCUCAGAGAAGAUUCCCACUUCUGUGAUUUUGCAAUUUCA